UUGAGUCUGGCGAUGACGACGGGGCUCGGCGGAGGGACGAACUGAAGACCGCAAAUGGAUACGAGGCGCGAUUUGGCUAUUUUUUCGUCGUUUGUUUUAUUUCGCGGGGCUCGGAAGAAAGUACUGACCAGUUCUGCUUCGGAGGUUCCCCAAAGAUCUCAAUGCCAUAAUUCUGACUGAGACGAUCAACACAGACGGGUCUAGCAACAGCAUCAGUUUUGUUAAGACCCAGCCACAGACCAAAUUGGGGGGAGUAAAAAAUUCCAGCUGAAAGCCGGCGGCAGUGACCCACACUCCUUCGCCGGGGCCAUGGAGGAGGAGGUGCAGCAGAGUCUGGAGUGUAUUCAGGCCAAUCAGAUCUUUCCGAGGAAGCCCCCUGUCCUGGAGGAGGAGGAUCUGCAGGUGCCCUACCCAGAGCUGGAUGGAGAGUUUACGAAGUAUGUGGGGAGGGGGGAGGAAGCCGUCAUCGCCAUGUCAAACUACCGUGUGCACAUCAAGUUCAAAGAGUCUGUGGUCAAUGUUCCUCUGCAGCUGAUAGAAAGUGUGGAAUGUCGGGACAUGUUCCAACUCCAUGUCACAUGCAAAGACUGCAAGGUUGUCAGGUGUCAGUUCUCCACGUUCGAGCAAUGUCAGGAGUGGCUGAAGAGGCUGUCUGUGGCAGCACGGCCACCCUCAAAGUUGGAGGAGCUCUUCUCCUUUCCCUUCCACGCCUGGUGCAUGGACUCAUACAGCAGCGAGAAGGAGCAGCAUGGCGAACUUUGCAGGCCAGGUGAACAUGUGAUCUCACGGUUCAGCAAUGAGGUGGAGAGGAUGGGCUUCGAUACUCAGAAUGCCUGGCGGAUAUCUGAGAUCAACAACAAAUACAAGCUGUGUUCCAGCUAUCCGCAGCAGCUAGUGGUGCCAGCCUGGAUCACCGAUAAGGAACUGGAGAACGUGGCGGCCUUCCGCUCCUGGAAGAGAUUUCCAGCUGUGGUCUACAGACACCUGAGCACAGGGGCAGUGAUAGCUCGCUGCAGCCAACCGGAGGUGAGCUGGUGGGGCUGGAGGAACGCUGAUGAUGAGCACCUGGUGCAGUCCAUCGCCAGAGCUUGUGCCGUGGACAGUAACUCCCCUAAAACCCUCGCCAAUGGCUCCUUCUCCCGCGAGUACACCAAUGGGCCUGACCUUUCCGAUGUGGACUUCGAUUCAUCCAUGACCAACAGCUCGGAGGUUGAAUCUAUGGCCAUCCAGCCUCACAAGCUUCUGAUCUUGGAUGCUAGGUCCUACGCUGCUGCGGUGGCAAACAGAGCCAAGGGAGGAGGCUGUGAGUGCCCAGAGUACUACCCUAACUGUGAAGUGGUAUUCAUGGGCAUGGCUAACAUCCAUUCCAUCCGCAAGAGUUUCCAGUCUCUGCGGUUCCUCUGUACUCAGAUGCCUGACCCUGCCAACUGGUUGUCUGCUUUGGAGAGCACCAAGUGGCUGCAGCAUUUGUCUCUGUUGCUGAAAGCCGCUCUGCUAGUGGUGAACGCAGUGGACCGAGACCAGAGACCCGUGCUAGUGCACUGCUCAGAUGGCUGGGACCGUACCCCUCAAAUAGUGGCCCUGUCUAAACUCCUACUGGACCCUUACUAUCGUACAAUUGAGGGUUUUCAAGUUCUAGUGGAAACAGAAUGGCUGGAUUUUGGCCAUAAGUUUGCUGACCGCUGUGGUCAUGGGGAGAACGCAGAGGAUCUGAACGAGCGCUGUCCGGUGUUUCUGCAGUGGUUGGACUGUGUGCACCAGCUCCAGAGACAGUUUCCCUGCUCCUUCGAAUUCAAUGAGGCUUUUCUGGUGAAACUGGUGCAGCACACAUACUCGUGUCUGUUUGGCACAUUCUUGUGUAACAGUGGGAAGGAGAGAGAGGACCAACACAUCCAGGAGAGAACCUGCUCUGUGUGGUCUCUGCUGCGCCCAGCAAAUCGCUCCUUCAAAAACAUGCUGUACUCUUCACACUCGGAGACUGUUUUGCACCCUGUGUGCCACGUGCGUAACCUGAUGCUUUGGACGGCAGUGUAUCUUCCCAGCUCUUCACCUACGACCCCCUCUGAUGACUCCUGUGCCCCUUACCCUGCGUCCGGUGCCAACCCUGAAGACCAGCCUCUGGGCAGGCGUCCCAAGACACGAUCCUUUGAUAAUUUGCCUAGUGCUUGUGAAGUUGGAAACUCCCUGCCCACAAACAGACGAUCCAGUGACCCUAGCCUGAAUGAGAAGUGGCAGGACCAUCGCAGGUCACUGGAACUCAAUAUCGGAGCGGCACCUGAUGGUACUGUGCCACAGGACCCAGAAGGGAGGGCCAGUGGCCAACUGGGGGCUGAACUUAACGGAGCCUCACUCGAUGGGGAAACUGAGGAAGGGGAGGGUUUUCGGGAUAUAAAUUAUGUGAGGUUGCCAAUGGGGGAGGGAGUGGAAGCAGAGCUCUCGGUGGGUGUGGCAGUGGGUCAGAUGGAGAACAUUCUUCAGGAGGCUGCAGCAGACAGCCUCAGAGACGUUAAAGCAGACAGUGCUAUCAACACUGCUGCUCUCAGUGGUGCUGAAAAUCAGAACAGUGCUGAUGCUAAUCCAGUCGAAACUGAUAGAAAUUGUGUAAUCAGUGGGUUUGAGAUACAGCUAGAAAGUAAUGCUAAUGGUGGCAGUGCAGAAAGUACAAAAGAAACAAAGCUGAAUGGACUCCAUUCAGAGGCUGUGAAUGAGAAGCCAUGUCAGUCAGAGGCUCAGCUACCUCAUGGCCUGGGCGAUCGGAAUGCCCUGGAGAGCCAGGAAUCAGAUGAGCCGGUGGAGGAGGUUUCGAAAUGCACCACAGAGGAGGCUCUAAACCUUCCUUGCACUCUCAAUCCCACUCACUUCCCCUCCACUGCCCUCAGGACUAUGACUAAUGGCUAUGGGGAGAAGGGUAACGCGCCUGGCCCUGGUCUAGAGACUAUUAGGCCUAUUUCAGAGACUCUGGAGCAGGCUGCAGAGAAACGUCUCUCUCUUCUGGAAAGCUCCACAGAAACCCUCACUGAGGACCUGGGUGUCCGGUCAGAGACUCUUGGUCCAGCCCCUGUACCCUACAACCUGCACCCAAUCGAAUCCACGUGCCUCAAACACCACGGCCCUGAGGUGGAGGCCGACUCCCAAGGUGCUCCCAGAACUCUGAACGGCACCUCCAAGCGCCCGUCCCUCAGUGCCUUUCCUUCCUCCUCCGCCUCGGCCGAACCUCUCCACCCAGUGUGUAACGGGGACUCCUCCGAGCCCGAGGCCUCCACUCCUCAGUGGGCCAGAGCCAACGGGGACCGUGCCCCCUUGAGCCGGCAGGUUUCCCUGGCCAGUUGUGGCUCGCUCACAGGGCAGCUCCACGCACGGGGCAGCUGCUCGCACCACCGCUGCCUGCACUCGGCGCUGCUGGUACGGCCGCCCACCAGCCCCCCACAGGAACCGCCCUCAGCCCGUAACCACCUGGAUGAAGACGGCCUUACACUCCACACGGACGCUGUGCAGCAGCGGCUGCGGCAGAUCGAGGUCGGCCACCAGCUGGAGGUGGACUCCCUGAAAAGGCAGGUGCAGGAGCUGUGGAGCCGACUGGAGAGUCAGCAGGCUGUGGGGAUGCUGCGCCUCAAUGGAGAGUUGGGAGAUGAAGUGACCUCAAUCGCAGAUUCGGACUUUAAUCUUGAUCCAAACUGUCUGUCGCGCUGCAGCACGGAGCUCUUCUCUGAGGCCAGCUGGGAGCAAGUGGACAAGCAGGACACAGAGGUGACCCGAUGGUACCCUGAUCAUCUAGCUGCCCAGUGUUACAGCUGUGAGAGAGGAUUUUGGCUGGCCACAAGAAAGCACCAUUGCAGGAACUGUGGGAACGUGUUCUGCGCCAGUUGUUGUGAUCAGAAGAUCCCUGUGCCAAGCCAGCAGCUGUUUGAGCCCAGCCGGGUGUGCAAGACAUGUUACAGCAGCCUGCAGGCCCCUGCUCCUCCCCUGGAGCUGGAGCUGGAGCUGGACAAACCUAUCACCACUAGCUCCAACUAGCCCUGCCACAGGACUUCUCUGCUCCCCAACACACGGCCUGAACAUGCAGAACUGCUGAGGAACUGAGGGACGACCAGUAGAAGGUUCCAGAGACUUAUCCUUGGUCACAGCAGAUAGAAGCUCCAGUUGUUAUUAAUAUUUGUAUUUUCUUCCCCACCUGAAAGGGAUUUGUGUGUGUAUAUAUAGAGUGGGAUGUGCCCGGUGGAUGUGGCUGCAAAGAUUCUAAGCACUUUGGGUGUCACGUUUGUACAAGUGACGGCUGGCUUUGGUAGUUAUGAAACGCACAGAUAUUUAGUGAACUGCUGAAGGUAUUGGUGAAGGCGAGGUUGGAGUAUGAUUGUGCUGAAAGCUUGGUUUCUUUCUCUUUUUUUUCUCCCCUGAAAUUGAAAGCAAAGCUUGCCUGGCUGACUGCUGCAGAGGAGAAAAGGGGCCAUUUCUGAGUGGCUGUCGACCGUGAAUCUGAUUGGAAGAUGUUCUCUUUCUGUAGGCUUUUCUGUCAUCAUCUCAUUAAGAUGUGAUUUUUCACUGCUGGACUUUGGACUGAUGGUUUCUGGUGCUUCAUGAGGGAGAUGACAAGGCUUCGGUUCUACUCCUAGCUUUGCUUUGAGUGUUGAUUAUAGUGCUGCUCUCUAUAGACAAAGCUUUUUUCUCAAAGCACUACCAGAGACUGACUGGUACUCCAUAGAUGCUUCACUUUUUA